AUGAUCGUUGCCGCCACGGCAUUCAUGCUCGGCAUGUUCCUGCUCGUCGCCACCAGUCACAUCCUGCGCGUGCUUGCCCGAGGGACUGCCCUUUGCCGCCGCAGCCCUGCCGCCGUUGCGCUUUCCACCACCGCUAACUUCAUGCUCGGCAUGUUCCUGCUCGUCGCCACCAGUCACAUCCUAUGCGUGCCUGCCCGAGGGACUGCCCUUUGCCGCCGCAACCCUGCCGCCGUUGCGCUUUCCACCACCGCGGACUUCAUGCUCGGCAUGUUCCUGCUCGUCGCCACCAGUCACAUCCUGCGCGUGCCUGCCCGAGGGACUGCCCUUUGCCGCCGCAGCCCUGCCGCCGUUGCGCUUUCCACCACCGCUAACAUCAUGCUUGGCAUGUUCCUGCUCGUCGCCACCAGUCACAUUCUGCGUGUGCCUGCCCGAGGGACUGCCCUUUGCCGCCACAGCCCUGCCGCCGUUGCGCUUUCCACCACCGCGGACUUCAUGCUCGGCAUGUUCCUGCUUGUCGCCACCAGUCACAUCCUGCGCGUGCCUGCCCGAGGGACUGCCCUUUGCCGCCGCAGCCCUGCCGCCGUUGCGCUUUCCACCACCGCUAACUUCAUGCUUGGCAUGUUCCUGCUCGUCGCCACCAGUCACAUCCUGCGUGUGCUUGCCCGAGGGACUGCCCUUUGCCGCCACAGCCCUGCCGCCGUUGCGCUUUCCACCACCGCGGACUUCAUGCUCGGCAUGUUCCUGCUCGUCGCCACCAGUCACAUCCUGCGCCUGCCCGAGAGACUGCCCUUUGCCGCCGCAGCCCUGCCGCCGUUGCGCUUUCCACCACCGCGUUGGCCUACGCGCUUGCCUGCCGACCCAGAUGAGAAGGCGGACAUUACAGAAACCGACGAGAUCACACCUACAGCGUACCUAAGCUGA